GGAGAGUUCCGCUUCAAUAACAAAAGUCUAGAGCAGAGAGAGAGAGUCUCCGGUGCAAAUUCACCUAGGUUUUGAGCUUGCAUUGCCUUCUUACGGCUCAUCCCUCAAGCCACAGCCUCUAACCCUCCCGAGGUUUUAUCGCGCGAAUCUCUUUCGGUUUUUUAACCUCCGUCUCCCUGCAAGAUCUCACAGACUCCAGAAACAUUCGACACCGGCGUGUCAUUCUUCCCCGAGCGACGCCAGAGCUAAGUAGCGCUGCCGCAGUUCAGCCGCUGUGAAAAAAGAAGAGAGAGAAAAAGUCACGUUUGGCAAUUCCCGAGGCUCGAUUGCCUCAUGAUCCCAGCCUUGCCGGAGGAUCAGAGAAAAGACUUCCUUCCCAAGAGAAGGAAGAAGUUCCCAUUCCUCUCCUCGCAGAAGAAACACGACUAGAGAGAAGAGAUUCAGGUUGUUCUCCUCCCCUUACCUUCCAAAAGACAGAGAGGGCUGCUGGGGGCUGCUGGCGUCUCCUUCCAGCGGGACACAGCGGAGAUCGCAAAGAAGCCAACUGAUGCUACAGAGAAGCAGUAGUUUCACAGCAAGGAAGCGAACCAUCACUGGAAAGUCAACAACAUGUCAAGGAAGAAGUUGUUUCUUUUGGAGGACGUGGAUUUGUCUGAAUUGUGGAGUUAGGUGCCUCUCUCUUUGGAAACCCCUCCGGAAAGCUCUUGGGACUUCCUUUCAUAGCAAGUGAGUGUGCCUCUACAACCCUCUCUUUGGGGGAAUUUCACCCACCCAGUGGUUUGCCGAAAAGGGGGUUCUGGGGCUCUGUUUUUCUGUGCAUGCCAGGGCUCUCCUACCGAAGUUGUCAACUCCAUGACCCUUCAGCUUCUCCAUGCACCUGGUCUGCGUGAGGUGUGCUGAAAAGGAAGGGCAAGAAUCAGAGGGAGCCCAGCAGAUGGUCCAGGCGAGUCACUUAUUACCUCUUUGCUAAGUGAUACCUGUCGGUGGCUGGCUACAGCUUAUGUGAUCUUCAAAGGAUAUUUUUCAGGAAACAAUCCAAAUGCAGAAAGUGGCUGGCUUGGUCACUUUCCUUCCCACAUGAACAAAACAACAGCAAGGACCACCACAAUCUGCUUUGUGUUCUGUUAGGUAUACUAAGGAAGAGAUUUAAACAGGAAAAUGUAUGGGGAAUUUCUCAAUUCAACCAGUGUGACUGACCCUCACCCAAUCAUUCAGACCAACACUCCCUACCUAGGGAGCACCCAGAAGCCUGUCAGCUCUUCGGCUUUUUACAUGUCAACAGCCAGGGUGUUAAAAGAAGGUGAGAUAAAUAAGCCAGAUCUAGUGACUUAUGUUGUUCUGUUCUUCUUCCUGCUUCUGGCUGUGACUAUAAUUGUACUUUUUAUUAACUGCCAGCUGAAAAAUUCUUUUUUCACCACGCUCCCUUAUGACAGAUCACUGCGAGAAGCUAGGAGCCCAUGGAAAACGCAAGCUGUUUAAUCCUCAGAUUUAGAAAAGAGGAGCUGUGUAAUACAUUACAUACAAGGGUCUCCGCAAUCCAAAUCAUUGUGUAAUAAGAUGCUAUUGCCAUUUGCCAGUGGGCAAAUCCUGCCACAUACAAAUAUAAUUUCUCUUAAAGAAACAAGAUAAAACUCUUGUCUGAAAGAAAAAGAAAAACAUGAAAUAUUUGAGGCAUGGCUACAAAUGGAUGUAAAUAAAAAGAUCUAAUAUGA